AUGGAACAGCCACAGACUCCUAUCAACGCCGGACAGCGCCUUCUCACCAACGUCGUUGAUGAAGUUGCUCAGUUCAACCCCGAGAAGAAACUUGGUGUUAUCCCUAAUGAUCUGGAGGUAUCGCAAGGUUUCCGGGACGUGUCGUUCGCCGAUCUUGCCCAUGCCGUCAAUGCACUCUCGUGGUGGAUUGAGGAGCAGAUCGGAAAGGCCCAGAACAAUGAAACUGUGGCAUAUAUGGGUAGAAAUGACAUUCUCUACCUGAUCUUUAUUCUUGCAUGCGAUAAGACAGGCUAUAAGCCUUUACUCCCUUCAAGUCGACUUUCUGACGAAGCGUAUCAACAUAUCCUGGGUGUGACCGGGUGUCGGAAGUUCUUCUACAGCCACGACAAAGAGCGGCAGAUAUCAGGGAUGAAGAACUUACUCAAUGGCACAGAUUUCUACGAAGUACCAGCAACAGCUGAUAUCCUCAACUGUAACAACGUACCAGAGCCAUACCCUGUUACUAAAACCUUCGCUGAGGCUGAGAACGACGUUGCCUUUAUCAUUCACAGUUCCGGAACAACAGGAAUGCCAAAGCCCGUUCCCUUGACGCACGGUUUCGUCGCAACUCUAGACUCUGUUGGCUUCCUGCCUACACCCCCAGGCCGUCGUGUAGCCGCGCCAAACGAUCCUAGCUCUAACAAUCUUGUGCUUGUUACCACUCCUUUCUUUCACCUCAUGGGUCUAUACGGCCUUACAUCUGCUAUCUUCCACAACACGCCCUUUGUCACCCUCCCCGACAAGCCUGUCUCGGUUGACCUCGUCUUGGCUACGAUACGCGCAACCAAUCCAACUAUUACCUUACUCGCCCCAGCCAUCCUGGAAGAUAUAAGCCAAACCCACGCUGGAUUGGACUGUCUCGGAACACUAAAUGCAGUUAUUUAUGCGGGCGCUCCUCUGGCAGCAGACAUCGGCAACCGAAUCCUCCCCUACACCAAUGUAGUGACCCUCUUAGGGUCGAGUGAAAUGGGCAUCAUCAGCUCUCUGGUCCCAGAGGGAGAAGGAAACUGGGGCUAUUUCGAGUGGAACCCUGCCUACGGUGUGGAGAUGCAGCAUAGAGGCGAGAAUUUGCAUGAGCUUGUCAUUCCUCGGAGAGAGAACUCUCGAGCUAUCCAUGGCAUCUUCCAUACCUUUCCUGACAGGACAGAAUAUGCAUCGAAGGACUUGUUUGUGCAACACUCAUCUAACCCUAAUUUGUGGAAGUACCAUGGUCGCUUUGAUGACGUGAUUGUGCUCAGUAACGGUGAAAAGCUCAACCCGUUGACUUUGGAAAAGAUGGUCGAGUGUCACCCGAAGAUCUGUCGGGCGGUCCUGAUCGGCCAGGGUCGGUUUCAGACUUCGUUGCUGGUUGAACCACACUGGAACGAACAGGGGAUGACUAUCGAUGAGGCUGCAUUCAUUGACGAGAUCUGGCCUGUGGUUGAACGAGCGAAUGAGACCGUGCCGAACUAUGGACGUAUUACAAAAACUAUGAUCAAGCUAUCCUCCCCUGAGAAAGCCUUCAAGACGACUCCCAAGGGUACAACACAGCGUCAGGCUGUGAACAGAGAUUAUAAGGAGGAGAUCGACGCUAUCUAUGCUUCUGCUGAUCAACAGUUGAAUCGCUCGCUUCCUGAAAUUAUCUCGUUGGACAACAUCACACAAUACGUUAACGAAACCGUCUGCUCUCUGCUUGACCGGGAGACAAUUGACAACGAUGAAGACUUGUAUUCUGCAGGCCUUGACUCCUUGCAAACGAUUCAGCUUGCCACGAUACUUCGUAACGCUGUCUCUUUUCAAGUGCCCGCUGGCGAUCGCCCACGCAUCACAGCUCAGCACAUUUAUGCCCAUUCAACAGUCACCCAGUUAGCGCAAUUUCUCGUUAAGAUUAUCGCUGGUGACUCGCUCGUGAGCAUCCCCCGUCACGAGCGAAUUCAGAACAUGGUAGUGAAAUACACAGAGGACAUCCCAGCACGCCCUCACACCCGCGCUCAACUCCCUUCUACAUCGACAGUCAUCUUAACCGGAUCGACCGGCUCGCUGGGCGCUUAUCUCCUGCAUACUCUCCUGACCAAUAAGAAUGUCUCCAAAGUCUACUGUUUCAACCGCUCCGACGCUCAGUCACGCCAAAUCCAAAGGUUCAAGGAAAAGGGCCUCGAUGCCGCCCCCCUCUCCGACCCCUCAAGAGUUGAAUUCCUCAAGGUUUCCUUCGGAGAACCACAUUUCGGGAUCGACGACACAAAAUACGUCUCCCUUCUAAACGCAGUCGACCUCAUCAUCCACAACGCCUGGAAAGUCAACUUCAACCACCCCCUCGAAUCCUUCGAAGACCCUCACAUCAAGGGCGUCCGAGAGUUCAUCUCCUUCAGCCUCGAAAGCAAAUACAACGCACACCUCUCCUUUGUCUCAUCUGUCGCUACAAUCGGCGCCUGGGCCUCAGAGAUGGGAGCCAUCGUCCCCGAACUCCCACUGGAGAACGACGAAGUGGUGCUCAAGCAGGGGUACGGCGAAUCAAAACAUGUCUCGGAACGUAUGUGUGUCAUUGCAUCCGAGAAGGCUCGCGUGCCUACUACUAUCUUCAGAGUUGGGCAGAUUGCUGGCCCAACUACGAAGAGUGGACUUUGGAACCCGGAUGAAUGGCUCCCGACUGUUGUUGCGACGUCGAAGGCUCUCGGAAAGGUUCCGAGUAAUCUUGGUUCGAUGCCUAUUGAUUGGGUUCCUGUUGAUAAAUUGGCCCAAAUCACAGUUGAAGCUCUUGAGACACGCCGGAGAUCCCUCACCGAGACACCGAACGCCUUCUUCCACCUCAUGAACCCUAAUCAUGCGGCGUGGCCUUCGCUCAUUCCCGCCAUCGAAUCUAAGUAUAACACAAAGACGGUUCCCUUCGGCGAAUGGAUCAGUGAUCUGGAGUCUAUCAAGAACCCGUCAGACCAGGACGUUCGGGAAAAGCCAGCUCUGAAACUCCUCGACUUCUACCGCGGCUUGUCAAGCGCCGAGGGCAUGUUAUCGGCCGAUGUUAGUGUGGAGAGGACGAAGGAGGCCAGCGAGACUAUGAGGGGAUUGGGGCCUAUUUCGGCCGAGCUGAUGGAGAACUGGAUUGCGCAGUGGAGAUUUUAA